UGGAAGUUCAGAGACAAAAACGGAGCAACGAGCCGAGAUUCAGAAGAGGAGGCUGAAGUCAGAGACGCCAGACAAGACUGAGAUCCCAGGCAACAGCCUCAGAGUGGACACUUGAUGCCCCAUUCUGACAGAGACCAGAGAGCAGGAAUGAAGCUGGCAGACAUGGCCCCGGGCUGCAUGCUGGUGCUGGUGCUGAUGCUGCUGACCGCGGCGCUGAGCAGGACAGGGGCAGCUCCUGUGCCCUCUGCCCCCAGGGCAGUGCCACCUGCCAGGGGCUGCCACAUGGCCGAGUUCAAGUCUCUGUCCCCGCAAGAGCUGCAGGCCUUCAAGACGGCCAAGGAUGCCUUUGAGGACUCACUCCUGCAGAAGGACUGGGACUGCAGCGCCCGCCUGUUCCCCAGGACCCGGGACCUGAAGCACCUGCAGGUGUGGGAGCGCCCCGUGGCUCUGAAGGCAGAGCUGGCCCUGACACUGACGGUCCUGGAGGCCAUGGCUAACUCAUCCCUGGACCACAGCCUGGAGCGGCCCCUUCUCACGCUGCGGUACAUCCACUCCAAGCUCCAGGCCUGUGUCCCAGCUCAGCCCACAGCAAGCCCCAGGCCCCGGGGCCGCCUCCACCACUGGCUGCACCGGCUUCAGGAGGCCCAGAAGAAGGAGUCCCAGGACUGCCUCGAAGCCUCUGUGAUGUUCAACCUCUUCCGCCUCCUCACCCAGGACCUGAAAUGUGUUGCUAUUGGAGACCAGUGUGUCUGACCCUGGAGACCCGCCUGCAACCUGUCCCACCUUUUUAGAUAUUUUUUUAUGCAUCAAAACCAGUUUUUUUAAUUUAUUACCUCCAAAUAAUUAUUUCUUUAUUUAUGGAUAACAUUUCCCAAACUCAGACCCAGUAUGUUUAUUUUUCUACUUUUUAUAAAAAGUGUACAAAUAAACAAUGAAAAAAUGAUA